AUGCAAAGAAAACAAACGAAAUACGACAUCAUGUCACUCAAAGAAAAGCUGUUUGUGAGCAAUUUUAUUGUCAAAAACAUAUCUAAGAGUAGUAUAGACUACAACAAGCUGUUGAAAGGUGAAAAAGUUGAACUUAGAGAGAAUUUUGAGAAGCAAGAAAUCAAAAAGUAUUUUGGUAAACAAACAAAGAGAAGCAAAAAGGAUCAACGUGAAGCAGUAUGCUGUGAGUUGUCACCAGAAUUGCACGAGAAAAUGCAACAUAUGCAGAUUUAUGAUACGCUCAGCAUCAUAAAGAAUAUUGAGAUUGAUAACGAAACCCAGAAGGAACUUGAAUUUGAGCUGUUCGAUAUGUGUGUGAAUAUGGACUAUUUGGAUUACAUGUGUGUAUUGCGUGACAUAUAUGAUGCUUGUAUACACACAGAGAACAUCUUUAAUUACUUUUUAGUUAGGCUUUUCAGCAGAACUACUUUUAUUAGGAACUUAAACCAGAAAUUACAGCAUAUGGGCCGAAGCAAUGAGUUCUUCCAAUUUUUGGACGUAGUCAUCGAAACAAAGCCCGUUAUCACCGUCUACACCGAAGACAUCACAUUCUACAAGGAUCUUUUUAGAACACCCGAUGGAAUAAGCCUGGGUGUCUUUUUGCUGUUGAAUAACCCGCAUUUUGCCAAAAUAUUUGAUAAAAUACUCUGUGAUGGAGAUAAUCUAGCACAGAAUUCAGAUCAAUUGGACAAUUUAAAGAAGCUGGUCUCUAGAUUCAACAGAAAGUAA